CCCUUCCUGGCCUCUCCUCUAGGGCCAACCGCAGGACCCGAGGCCAUGUCCCACGAGAAGAGUUUCCUGGUGUCGGGGGACAGCUACCCUCCGCCCAACCCCGGAUACCCUGGGGGGCCCCAGGCCCCCAUGCCUCCUUAUGCUCAGCCUGCCUACCCCGGGGCCCCAUACCCACAAGCCCCUUUCCAGCCCUCCCCCUAUGGCCAGCCUGGGUAUCCCCAUGGCCCAGGCCCCAGCCCCUACCCUCCCGGGGGCUAUCCCCAGGGGCCCUACCCUCCCGGGGGCUACCCCCAGGGGCCCUACCCUCCAGGCGGCUACCCGCAGGGGCCCUAUCCGCAGAGCCCCUUUCCCCCUAACCCUUACGGACAGCCACAGGCCUUCCAGGGACAGGAUCUUGACUCACCCCAGCAUGGGAACUACCAGGAGGAGGGACCCCCAUCCUACUAUGACAACCAGGACUUCCCAGCGGCCAACUGGGAUGACAAGAGCAUCCGGCAGGCGUUCAUCCGCAAGGUGUUCCUGGUGCUGACCCUGCAGCUGUCGGUGACACUGUCCACGGUGGCUGUGUUCACCUUUGUGAGCGACGUGAAGGGUUUCGUCCGUGAGAACGUCUGGACCUACUACGUGUCCUAUGCAGUCUUCUUCAUCUCCCUCAUCGUCCUCAGCUGUUGUGGGGACUUCCGGAGGAAGCACCCCUGGAACCUCGUGGCCCUGUCCAUCCUGACCGUGAGCCUGUCCUACAUGGUGGGCAUGAUCGCCAGCUUCUACAACACGGAGGCCGUCAUCAUGGCCGUGGGCAUCACCACGGCCGUGUGCUUCACCGUGGUCAUCUUCUCCUUGCAGACCCGCUAUGACUUCACCUCGUGCAUGGGGGUGCUGCUGGUGAGCAUGGUGGUGCUCUUCAUCUUCGCCAUUCUCUGCAUCUUCAUCCGCAACCGCAUCCUGGAGAUUGUGUACGCCUCGCUGGGCGCCCUGCUCUUCACCUGCUUCCUGGCAGUGGACACCCAGCUGUUGCUGGGAAACAAGCAGCUGUCGCUGAGCCCGGAGGAGUACGUCUUCGCCGCCCUGAACCUGUACACGGACAUCAUCAACAUCUUCCUCUACAUCCUCACCAUCAUUGGCCGUGCCAAGGAGUAGCCCGAGGGGCCGGCUCCCCCGGGCCCCGUACU